UUUUUUUCCUCUCGCUCUCUCUCUCUCAUUUUUUUUUUCUUUUCCCUUUCCCUUUCCCUUUCCCACCACACUUCAACACCACAAUGAUGUUUUGCGGGCUUCAUUCCGGCAGUCCUUGAUUGGGAACUUGCCAAAAGGGAACGCGACCUUGACGCUCAUGCAGCGUCGGCCGUUACCCCUCGACCCCUCUUCUUCCAUCGUUUGUUCCGAGGAGUUAGCUUCCAUUGGGUUUCGCCUGGCGAUCCCAUGACCUGCUGCUCCAGGUCUUGGCCAAAGGCGGCAAUGGUCGGCUUUACCUCCGGGUAAUCACAACCACCUUCCUGUCGUCCGCCAGCAUCACCUGCGCGCCUGGCUGGUCACGGUGAACAUGCCUACCUACGCCGCCGAACAAGACUACGAUCGUAUGGUCAAUCCUUCAACGAUCGUGUUUCUGCGCACAACCGUUCUUCAUCGAAGCGCAAUACGCACUCUUUUUUACAAAUUACCAUGAAGGCAAACACGCGGUUGUGCAAGCAGCUGCUUGCUCAACGCCGAACUUUCUCGUCCACCGUGCGCCGGUUGGAUAACUACGCCUUCAUUGGCCUAGGCCAGAUGGGCUAUCAGAUGGCUAGAAACCUACAAUCCAAGCUUCCACCAAGCGAUACUAUUCGCCUGUACGACAUCAACCGGGGUGCGGCUGAAAAGCUCGCCCAGGAGAUGUCAGUACAGCAAGCCGGAGGAGCUUCCACUCACGUGGCGGACAGUGCAGCCGAUGCGUCGAGAGAAGCGGACACGGUUGUAACAUGCUUGCCCGAACCUCAGCAUGUCAAGGCAACAUACGAGUCGAUCCUUAAGGAUGAGCUACCUCCCCGUCCUGGUCCUCGUCUGUUCAUUGACUGCUCGACCAUCGACCCCACGUCCUCGCGUGAGGUUGCGGCCGCGGUAGACAAGGCUCUCCCUAACGGACAGGGUCACUUUGUCGAUGCCCCCAUGUCAGGCGGUGUCGUCGGAGCUACCGCUGGUACAUUGACGUUUAUGCUUGGUGCCCCUGACUCCCUUGUCGCGAGGUCUGAAAUCGUCCUGCAGCGCAUGGGCAAGCGGGUGUUGCACUGCGGUCCUCAGGGAGCGGGUCUGGCGGCGAAGCUUGCCAACAAUUACCUGCUAGCAAUUGAGAAUAUUGCUACUGCGGAGGCUAUGAACCUCGGUGCCCGAUGGGGCCUUGAUCCGAAGGUGCUCGCCAGCGUAAUAAAUGUCAGUACUGGAAAGUGCUGGCCUAGUGAAGUCAACAACCCUGUGCCAGGCGUCGUAAAGACUGCCCCGGCGAAUCGCGACUACCAAGGCGGUUUUGGAAUAGGACUGAUGCGCAAGGACCUGAGGCUGGCCAUCCUGGCAGCCAAGGAAGCCGAUGCUAAGCUUGUGCUAGCAGACAAGGCCUCGGAAGUGUACGAGACUGCCGAGUCUGAAGAGCGAUGCAAGGGCAGAGACUUUUCGGUUGUCUACCGGUGGUUGGGCGGAAAGGAGUAGAUACUAGAGAAUACUAAUACCGUCUGACUCUA